AUGGAGAGCUGCCUGAGCCGUGGAGAGCGGCUUGAAUCGCUCGCAGCCGCCCAGGACAUGAGUGACGGAGUUCGCCUCAAGUUCAAGCUGCCCUUCCCAAUCAUCCUGGAGGACAAGAAUGAGGUGGCCCCGCCCCCGUUCGACGGACAGCCAAUCGCCGAGCCGCAGAUGGGUGAACCAGCCAAUGACGGCGAUUUGGAGGCGGGGCCUGGUGAUGUGAUCGUGUCAGCCGACGACACGGGAUUGGUCACGGUGACGUACGGCCAGGCUGACGGCGAAUCGGCAGAUGACCCCCGGCCUCCGGGCGCCACCUCCCCGGCCGUCAUCUGGGACGGAGACUCCGACCAGCAGAUCAUCAUAUUCAAGGAGGGGGAGGCACCUGUGGUCAGCGUGCUGGGGGACCUGGUGCCGCCGGUGCCGCCUUCGGUGCUGGCCGAGUCAGAGGUAACAAAGCAGGGCUACCAUUGGGGCAUGGAGACACCGCCGACCGAAGAGCGCCUCUUCUACUGCGACGUCUGCGACGCGUCCUUCACUUCCACCGACGGCCUGGCCGCGCACCGGCAGGGCCACGACCGGCUGCGGUUCCGCUGCGCCUUCUGCCCGGAGCGCUGCGCCACGACGGUGGCGCUCAGUCGGCACAUGAACGAGGCGCACGCGGCCCGGCUGCUGCCCUGCACCAGCUGCGAGAAGCGCUUCGCGUCACGCGCCGGCCUGGCGCAGCACGCCAAGCAGCACGAGGCGCGCCAGCACGGCUGCACGCAGUGUCCGCGCAGCUGA